AUGGCUCAAACAGACUACAAAUUCGAAGGAUGGAUGGGUCUCGACCCCAGCUCCGGCGAAGGCAACAUGGUCUGGCAAGAAUUCCAGCCUAAAGUCUGGGAAGAGACCGAUAUCGACAUCAAGAUCUCCCACUGUGGAAUCUGUGGUUCUGAUCUGCACACUCUGCGCAGUGGCUGGCGCCCAACCACCUACCCCUGCUGCGUGGGCCACGAGAUCGUAGGCACAGCCGUACGAGUAGGCAGCCAAGUGCGCGACAUUGUCAUCGGCGACCGCGUCGGCGUCGGAGCCCAAAGCGACUCAUGCCAAAACCGCUUCGGCGACUGCCAUGAAUGCGCCACCAGCCAAGAGAACUACUGUUCCAAGAAAGUAGUCGGCACAUACAACAGCAUCCACUAUGAUGGUGGGAACUCCUACGGUGGCUAUGCGACAUAUAACCGAGUCCCGGGUCAUUUCGCCAUCAAGAUCCCAGAGGGCAUUCCCUCUGCGGAUGCGGCGCCAAUGCUCUGUGGUGGAGCUACGCUGUUCAGUCCAUUGAAGUACAAUGGGUGUGGGCCUGGGAAGAAAGUUGGGAUUAUUGGUGUUGGGGGACUGGGUCAUUUUGGUUUGCUGUUUGCGAAGGCUAUGGGGGCUGAUAAGGUGGUUGCUAUUUCGAGGAAGGAGGGGAAGAGGGAGGAUUCGUUGAAGAUGGGGGCUGAUCUCUAUAUUGCGACUGAUGAUGAGCCUGCUUGGGCGGCUGAGAAUGCGAGGUCGUUGGAUUUGAUUGUUUCGACUGUUUCUUCUACCAAGAUGCCUUUUAAUGAUUAUCUGGGUCUGUUGAAGACUGGUGGUACUUUUGUUCAGGUUGGUUUGCCAGAGGAUGGGGGUCUGUUUGCCCCUGUUCGCAGCUUGAUGCGCCAGAUCAGUCUUCAGAGCUCGCUUGUUGCUAGUCCCAAGGAGAUUCGGGAGAUGUUUGAAUUGGUUGCUGAGAAGAGCAUUCAUCCUUGGAUCGAGGAGAUUCCUAUGAAGGAUGCCAACAAGGCUAUUGUUGAUAUGGAGGAUGGCAAGGCUCGCUACCGCUAUGUGCUUGCCAAUGAGUAA